CUCCUGCAUUCAUGACCACCCAUCUCUAUGGUUGUCCUAUUCCCUGCACAUAAUAUUACACGCUCACCCUCUUCUUCUACACAAUUCCACUUACAAUUCACGAACUCUUCUUCUAAGGGCAGUUUCAGCAGUAAAAUAACUGGGAAGGUUGGAAUUAUGGCGACAAUGGCAAUGGCAGCAACUGCUAGCUCCAGUACUGUUCUCAGGCCAACUGUUGUGCCUAUGGGAUCUGGGAAAUACACCAUGGGCAAUGAAUUGUGGUAUGGACCCGACAGGGUGAAGUACUUGGGCCCCUUUUCAGCUCCGACUCCUUGAAAAUUUCCUGGUGAUUAUGGCUGGGACACUGCUGGAUUAUCUGCUGACCCCGAAGCCUUUGCUAAGAACACGGCUCUUGAGGUGAUCCAUGGUCUAUGGGCUAUGCUUGGAGCACUGGGCUGCAUCACCCCAGAAGUUCUGGAGAAAUGGGUCAGAGGAGACUUCAAAGAACCAGUAUGGUUCAAAGCUGGAGCUCAAAUUUUCUCAGAAGGUGUUGGCCUCGACUACCUGGGCAACCCCAACCUUGUUCAUGCCCAAAGCAUCCUAGCAGUGCUAGGUUUCCAAGUCAUUUUCAUGGGUCUGGUUGAGGGGUUCCGUAUCAAUGGUCUUCCUGGAGUUGGAGAAGGCAAUGACCUCUACCCGCGUGGCCAAUACUUCGACCCUCUCGGCCUUGCCGAUGACCCAGUCACAUUCGCUGAGCUCAAGGUGAAGGAGAUCAAGAACGGCCUGCUAGCCAUGUUCUCCAUGUUCGGUUUCUUUGUGCAAGCUAUUGUCACCGACGAGGGGCCCCUGGAGAACCUCUUGGAUCAUCUUGACAAUCCUGUCGCCAAUAAUGCUUGGGUCUAUGCCACCAAGUUCGUGCCCGGAUCUUAAAUUGAAUUUGAGUCCCUUAAAUCUUGUUUCAUGUGAUUGAGAUAGAAUUGGAAGUCCAUGUGUAGUUAACGUGCUUUCAGACUUCAAAAACUUCAAAUUUGUAUUCGUGAGAUCCAACAAUGGCUAUUGAUUUUCCGGUUGGGUUUGUCUU